AUGGUGAAAUUUGAGCGAGAAAGAAGUGAACAGGCAGAGGUCUCCUAUGCCCGGCCAAGUAAUGAAAACAUCAAAGGCUCAAAUCUUUAUGUGUCCGGUAUUCCAAAGUCAAUGACAUUAACCGAAUUGGAAGCGAUUUUUCGGCCAUUUGGACAAAUCAUCACAUCGCGGAUCCUCUCAGACAAUGUCACGGGACUGUCGAAAGGUGUUGGCUUUGUUCGAUUCGACAAGAAGGAAGAGGCUGAGCUCGCCAUACAAACUUUGAAUGGCACUAUACCAGCCGGUUGUGUGGACCAAAUUACGGUGAAAUUCGCUAAUAAUCCUGCCAGUAGCAGCGCCAAAACGCUCUACAAGAGCUCGAGGCAGCUCAACAAGUAG